CGGUUAGAUAUCAUUGAGCGAGAGUCUUAGCACCAUUGUGAACGUCCAUUACAUUGAGAUACCUGGUCAAUUUGCCGGUUUUGCUUGAGACUUCACAACAAUGGUUGGAUCUCUCAUCUGUGGCCUCUUGCUUCUGAACGUACUGGGCACAGGCCUGUCGUUAAGAUGCCAAACAUGUUACUCACAGGGGUCUUGGGCCAACUGUACACGUAACAGUGCGAACCUUGAUUGUGGGUCCUUUUUCGACACCUGCAUGUCAGUACACAGAACGAGAACGCUCAACGAUGGAAAAAUUAUCCACGAGUUUGCAAAGUCCUGUUUCAUCAGCACUAUAUGCAAGAAAACCUUAUGUGAAAAGAAGGAUAUGAAAGAUAAAGAGGUGGUUUGUGAUCUCACGUGCUGCGGAACCCAUCUCUGCAAUACAAGAUCAGCAACAAGGAAAUCAAUCAAAAUUAAAGUUGAUGACUCCUCCGAGUUAAACUGAAUUGCCCUCAGGGUUUCACUGGUUAUUUUUAAACAAACCAACUGCCACAGGGUAGCCAGAAUAAUGCUGCUUUAAAUCCUAAUUGUAAUUUCAAUCACACCAUAUUUUCAACGAUUGUAAUAUCGUUUAUGCAACGGAAAAUCUGUAUUAAACAAUAUGUUGUCCAGAAAAACGACACACCCGAAGAUGUAUUAAAAAUAGCCUGCGUA